AUGGUCGCCGCCGAACCAGACGUCGGUCUUCUGACGUCCUCGGCCCAGAUCUUCUCGUCCAAACACACCCUCCCCCAGAUCCGCGCCAUCCACAAAAGCCUCCAUGUCCAGGUCGACGACAAAGCCACCCGCCUGCGAACGCAGGUCGGCGGCUCCUACCGCGAGCUGCUUGGUACGGCCGAGACCAUUGUGCAGAUGCGCACCGACAUGGAGGGCGCCCAGUCCACGCUGGCCGGCAUGGGCGGGCGCUGUGGCCGUGCCGUUGUGGGCGGCAAAGUGACGGCGCUGGCCUCUUUUGUCGACCACGAGCAGGAGCAGUCUGCCCUGAGCCUGGCUGCUCGCGCACGGCUGCUCGAGGCCUGUUCGCGCACUGUCGGCCGCCUGCUGUCGCGCUCGAACCCAGACUACAGCGCCGGCCACGCCUCCAAGACGGGCAAAUCCGCUCGACAACAACGGAACCACUACCGCCAGCAGCGGCAGCAGCAGCAGCAGUAUCAAAGCUGGGGAGAGCGGUUGAUGCUGGCGUCCAAAGUUCUUGUGCUGAGCCGGCUCUUGUUGUCUGGCAUAAACGACACGAACGGCGACCCGCCCCGCACAAUAUCAAGAUCAAAGCAGGCAGCACUGCAGGACGCCGCCGUGCUCGCGUCCAUCGAAGCGUCUAAGCGGUCACUCGGCAGCCUGCGACGGCGGCUCCGAGACAUGAUUGAAGUUGUUGAGCGUGCGGUCCCUGCGUCCGCCUUGGACAAGUCAACAGCGGCAGCGGACGACGCCGACGAGGUCGAGGACGUUGACGUCGACGACGACAACAACAACAGAAUAGGUGGUGGUGCCAACGACGAGGACGAAGACAACGAUGGCAGCAUUACACGAGAGCAGCGAGACAGACACCAUACCGUAUCUGCAGCAGCGCCAGCACGAGAUGACCUUUUGCGCGCCCUUUGUGCCCACAGCCUGGCCACCACCUCGGGCGCUCGCGAUGUCUUGUGGCAGCUCUUACACGUCCGCAGCCAGGCCAUGGCACUCGCUUUUGAGAUGGACGAAGAAGAGCACCAGAACAACCAACAGAGUGAACCGGGACAGCCGCAGCAGCAGCAGCAGCCGUCGGACCACCGGGCGUCGUGGAAGGCCGACAACGUGCUGCGUGGCCUGGCACUCUACACCAAGACCCUCCUGGACGUGCAGGCCUUGCUGCCGCACCGGCUGCCCGAGGCCCUGCUGGGCCUGAAGCGGCGGGCGCUGCUCGACGACGACGCCCUGCGCCAGGUCGAGGGUCUGCGCCUGGAUGUGUAUGCCCGCUGGUGCGGCGAGGACGUGCAGUACUUUAAGCCCUACAUCCGCCACGACGACCUCGAUGCCACCCAGGCCCGUGACAUGCUCGCCAAGUGGGCCGAGCGUGGCAGCGAGGUGUUUGUGGCGGGCCUCCAGCGAGCCCUGGAACAGCAGCCACCGGCCGACGCAUCGUCUGAAAAGCCGGCACAAGGCACUCCAUUGGUGAUUCGGCGGUACCUCGACAUGCACGCCAUUGUGGACCUGCGCACGCGCGUGCUGCAGCUCUGGAUCCGCGACAGUAGCAAGGCGCGCGGCUUCGAUCCGUCGGAGCUGCUCGACAAGAUCCGUGCCGUCUUCAACCAGCAGAUGCUGCAGGUGCUCGCCACCAAGGCUGGCAAGCUGCGGCUGGUCGGGUCCGAGGUCGCUGCCACGCUCGCCUCGUGGCAGGACGGUGUGACGGACCGCCACGCGCAGCUGUGGGGCACAAACAGUAGCAGUACCAAGCACGACGACCAUCAGGCCAUUGACACGGACCUGUCCGAGGGCGCUGUGGCCUUUGUCCGCGACGUCGUCACGCGCCUGCAUGGCCGCAGCGAUGCUGUCGCCAAGGCUGUUGCCUCGUACGUGACCUGGCGUCAUGUCGUCGACGAUGUUGCUGCCGUCGUUGACCAGCUGCGGCGGCAGCGCUGGGACAAUGACGUGGACGACAUUGUCGAGGACGAGGACACGAUUGCGCAGCGCCAGCAGCUGUUGAGCAAGGACGACCCACAGACACUGCACGACCGGCUCGAGGCAGCCCUCGACACUGCCUUCCAGGAGCUCAAUGCUCAAAUCACGACCGAAUGGGCGGCUGUCGCCUCGUCCGACGAUCUGGCACCGACCACCAAGGGCAACAUUGCCAUGUACCUCGUGCGCGUGCUGCGCGAGAUUCGCAGUCGGCGGCCGGCCACGUCGUCCGCGUCGGCAGCCACAAGACAGCUCGGCUUGGCCAUCAUCCCCGAACUGCACGCGGCCAUUGUCCGCGUCGUUGUUGCCCCGCCGCUGGAGCAGUUUACCCGCACGACGUUGACACGCAAGACGGUGGCCGGUCGCGUUCUCUGGGAUGCCAUGGGCCAGUCGGCCGCUCUGCCCUCGACCCCGUCGCCUGGUGUCUUCAAAUUUUUGCGCGACCUGUCGACCGCCAUGGGCACGGCCGGCAUGGACCUUUGGAGCCCGGCCGCCGUUGCCCAGCUGAAGCAGCAGGUCUCCCAGCAGCUCGGUGAACAGUGGACCGCGCUGCUGGAGACGGCCGACUACCUCCAGGAGGACAGUGACACGACUCUACAAACGGAAAAUCAAAAGGAGGCGAGCGCGGCGUCUGGUGGAGAGAAGCAAGAUGCUGCAUCCACAACCACAUUGUCCACGGACGACCGGAAGGAUCUGCUGAAGCAAUGGCUCUUUGACGUCGCCUGGCUGCGGUGCAGUCUGGGCAGUGACGCCGGCAAGACAGACAAGACGAAGAAGCGAGGCAUGGUCGAACUGGAAGACGCAGUGUUCCGACGCACGGGCCUGCCCGAGGAAGAGUCCAACGACAGUGGCAGCAAGACGCCACGGCAGCGCAUCACCAAGGCUGCGCAGGAGUACUGGAAGAAGACGAGCCUACUUUUUGGACUGUUGGCAUAG